CUAGCAUCAAACAAUAAAUAUUUAUGCGGGAACCUUGGAGCUAAUCAGGUAUAACCGAUCAGGGAAUAUUACAAUAUCGCGGCCGAAAUUACAAUUUUUAAUGAACAAAAAGUGAUAAGAACACUUAUAGUCUUUUUUCUGUUGGGUUUUACUGGUAAUUGCCAUCAGGAUGCGAUCGGUGCUGUUACUCUUGUGCUUCGGGUUUAUCCAUGCCCAGAACGAUGGACAAACUGUUACUCCAACCGCUGUUACUGAUCCUACGAUACAAACUCCAACCACUACUGACUCAACUAUAGCACCAAGUACUAUUUGUUCCGUCAACGAGACUCUUUCUGUCGGAGGCUACGACUGUAGCACAUGCCAAAAUCCACGAAGUUCUUGCGCCUUCCAAACCGAAACCAAAUGUUAUUGCAAAGUUGGAUUUAUCCGUGAUUCUUCUAAAAGAUGCAUCCGUCCUCAAGAUUGUUCAAGCUUAAACGCUUGCUCCUUGAACGAGACUUACAGCGACGCAGGAUAUUCGUGUCACAAUUGUGAUAAUUACAAGACGGAAAUCUGUAAUCUGGAUAGAAGAACCAGUUGCUACUGCAAUCCUGGAUUCGUGAGGAACGUCGGUGAUAAUCUAUGCAUCGGCAUCGAAGAUUGCGUAAUCUACGAAGGUACAAAUUGCAGACCAAAUUCAACGUACAGCGAAAUAGGAUACGAUUGCAUGACCUGUGAUAAUCGUCAGAACCAUCACUGUCCGCUGAGCAGAGUAGCAAAAUGCUACUGCAAUCCGGGCUACAUCCGAGUCUUCGGCUCCGAGAGAUGCGUCAAAUCCGAGGAUUGCAACGUCUUGCAACAAAACGUUUCUGACAUGUGCAAGAAUCGUUGGACGAGGAACUGCAGAGGAUGCUUCAGAACGUGCACGUACAACAAAAGGAACAGGAAUCAUUGUCCUGAAGUUUGCAGGAGAUGCGAUUGUCCGAAUGGUCAAGUCAGGGAUACUGAAACUGGAAGAUGCAUUCAUCGCGCCGAGCAGUGCGGUAAAAACGAGGUUUUCAUUUCAUGGGGUUCUGCGUGCUAUUCGAAUGAGCGCAGCUGCAUACCUCCAAUGCCCGUUAAGGCCAUGUCUCCGAUCCGCUCAUUAUGCUCUAUAUUCUUAUUGACUUUGGAAAUGACCUAUUUCUAG